AGGUACCUAGGUACCUAACCCUGCCCGGCCCUGCCCAGCCCUGCCCAACCUCACCUCCUCCCUGUAUGAGUACACCUACCUACUCUAUAUGCCUAACUCCACCCCCUUCAUCCAUCUUGCACAUAUCUGCCUAUACCAGGGAUAGGAUAGGAUAGGAUACGCAUCCAUACAGCCAUGGCCCCGGUCAUCGCCCGGCCCAUCUCCGAGAGCAAGCCGUAUCUCGUCCCAGGAAAGCUGCUUGUGAAGGAGCUCUGGUUCGAAGUCCCCUUGGAUCACUCCGAUCCCAGCUCAAAGCCCGUCAGACUAUUUGCAAGAAGUGCCGUCAAGUACAAGAAGCCCAUUGUUGAGUCGUCGCCCCCCGAGGCUGCCCAGCGGCCCUACCUCGUCUUCCUCCAGGGCGGUCCUGGCUUUGGCUGCCCUGCGCCCCAAGACUCUACCCUGUCCAAGUACAUGCUCGAGAGGGGUUAUGAGCUGCUGUUUCUGGACCAGCGGGGUACUGGCCUCAGCACCCCCGUCUCUGCCGACACGCUGGGGCUCGUCGGCGGCCCCGGGGAUCAGGCCGACUACCUCAAGUUCUUCCGGGCCGACACGAUCGUCAAAGACGCCGAGGCUGUGCGCCUCUGCCUCACCAAGGACUAUCCGCCCGAGAAGAAGAAAUGGUCCACCUUCGGCCAGUCCUUCGGCGGCAUGACGACGCUGACAUACCUAUCAUUCGCGCCCGAGGGCCUACGCGAGUGCUUCAUCACCGGCGGGCUUGCCCCUCUGGACAAGGGACCGGCCGAAGUGUACCAGGUCACCUAUCAGAGAUGCAAGGAGCGGAACGAGGCCUACUACAAGAAGUUCCCCGACGACGUCGCCACGGUAAAAUGGAUCGCAGGGAAGAUCAUCGAGCUCGGCGGCGCCAAGGGGAUACCGCUUCCCGCCGGUGGCUUCCUGACAGUCCAGAGGCUGAUGACCAUCGGCCUUAACCUCGGUAAGCACGGCGGCAUCGACCAGGUCCACAACUACAUCCUCCGCAUGAAGGCAGAUCUCGACCAGUUCGGCCUCCUCACCCGUUGGACCCUGAAUGAGCUGGAGCAGGAUGGGUCUUGGGACGUUGCUCCUAUAUAUACGCUUCUCCAUGAGCCCUGCUGGUGCUUCGGCCCGGGCGUCGCCGGCAACUGGGCUGCCGAGAGGAUCGGCAAGGACAUAGACGGGUACCAGUGGCUGCGCCGAGACUGGGCCGGCCCCGCGAGCCUGCGCGACGACGACCCUCUGUACUUCUCCGGCGAGAUGAUCUACCCCUCGCUCUUCGAGACGUGUCCCGAGCUCGCGCGGCUUCGCGAGACGGCCGACCUGCUCGCCCGUUUCGACGAGUGGCCACCCCUUUACGACGUGGCGCAGCUGGCCAGGAACGAAGUCCCCGUGUACGCGGCGAGCUACAACGACAUGUACGUCGACUCCAACCUGGCCCGCGCCACCGCCUCCCGCAUCAGAGGCAUCAAGGUGUUCGAGACGAAUGUCCUCUACCACAACGCCCUCCGCUCCAAGCCCGAGGAUGUGAUCCCGCAACUGCUCAAGCUGCGCGACGACACGAUCGACUAGAGAAUAAAAAGCAGUAUAGGUAGUACUAUCAAGAUACUAAAUAAUAUUUGUUUUGCCGAGCACGGAGAUGGGGAGCUUCCCGCUGCUCGUAAAGUAUGAGAAGAGAGGGCCCAGAUUCGAGUCACGUUGUCUUAUCUCGUUGACUGAGUGGUUGUUGGAUCGCCCACAAAUUUAUAGCUUUACCUGCUCGUUGUAAACACACCCAAAAAUGAGGAAUCUAAUGAUACAAUGAAAAACCAAGAGCUAGACCUCGAAAACUAGCGUAAAGAAAUGUGUAAUCCACCGCAUUGCCCU